UCGCCCCGCACCUGCCCGCGGGAUUUUCCUUCUUCCCCGCCGCCUUUCUGCGGGCUCCGUCUCUCUCCUUCCAAUCCCUUCCUCCUCCUCCUCCUCUUCCCUGUCGGAGCGGGGCCCGGAGGAGACUCUGGGGCUGCGCCUUCGCCCCGAAUCGUUGUGUAAAGUUGCGGGCAGGGGCAGCGGUGCCCCCGCACCAAGAUGGCAGUUCGCUCGGCUCCUCCGCGUUUUCCCCGGGAUGUGGCGGCGACGGCCCCCGGCAGAGGAGCGCCACGACAGUGCCAGCAACGGGACGGCGCGGCUGCCCCAGCUGGGGGCCGUGGGGCAGUCCCCGUAUAGCAGCGCCCCGCCGCUCUCGCACACCCCCAACGCCGACUUCCAGCCGCCCUACUUCCCCCCUCCGUACCAGCCCAUCUACCCCCAGUCUCAGGACCCCUACUCUCACGUCAACGACCCCUACAGCCUCAACUCCCUGCACACCCAGCCGCAGCCCCAGCACCCGGCGUGGCCGGGCCAGAGGCAGAGCCAGGAGCCGGGCUUGCUGCACGCGCACCGGGGGCUGCCCCACCAACUGGGCGGGUUGGACCCCCGCCGCGACUACCGGCGGCACGACGACCUGCUGCACGGCCCGCACGGGCUGGGCGCGGGGCUGGCCGACCUGCCGCUGCACUCCAUCCCUCACGCCAUCGAGGACGUGCCGCACGUAGAAGAUCCCGGCAUCAACAUCCCGGACCAGACCGUCAUUAAGAAAGGCCCCGUGUCCCUCUCCAAGUCUAACAACAACGCCGUCUCCUCCAUCCCCAUCAACAAGGACGCGCUCUUCGGCGGGGUGGUGAACCCCAACGAGGUCUUCUGCUCGGUGCCGGGCCGCCUCUCGCUGCUCAGCUCCACCUCCAAGUACAAGGUCACGGUGGCGGAAGUGCAGCGACGCCUCUCGCCGCCCGAGUGCCUCAACGCCUCCCUGCUGGGCGGAGUGCUGCGGAGGGCAAAGUCCAAAAAUGGCGGGCGGUCCCUCCGAGAGAAGCUGGACAAGAUAGGGUUGAACUUGCCUGCCGGGAGACGCAAAGCUGCUAAUGUCACCUUACUCACCUCAUUGGUGGAGGGGGAAGCAGUGCAUCUAGCUAGAGAUUUUGGGUACGUUUGUGAGACAGAAUUUCCUGCCAAAGCAGUAGCUGAAUUUCUCAACCGACAACAUUCCGAUCCAAACGAGCAAGUCACAAGAAAAAACAUGCUUCUAGCUACAAAACAGAUCUGUAAAGAGUUCACCGACCUGCUGGCUCAGGACCGAUCUCCCCUGGGGAACUCGCGGCCCAACCCCAUUUUGGAGCCGGGCAUCCAGAGCUGCCUGACCCACUUCAACCUCAUCUCGCACGGCUUCGGGAGCCCGGCGGUAUGUGCUGCCGUCACCGCCCUGCAGAACUAUCUCACCGAGGCGCUCAAGGCCAUGGACAAAAUGUACCUCAGCAACAACCCCAACAGCCACACAGACAACAGCACCAAAAGCGGCGACAAAGAGGAGAAGCACCGAAAGUGAGGACUCCCCCCCACUCCUCUCCCUUCCCCCCUCGCAAGCCCAUCAGUCCAUUCAUCUCCCUCCUCCCUCUGCCCUGCACCCAGCACCCCAGGCUACGGCAACAGAAUGAGCAUCCUUCUGCCAAUCCUGUUCUCUGACUCUGCGGGACUGCUCUGCCCUCUCCCCGCACCCCUUCCCGGCAUCCACAUCUCCAUUUGCUCCCUUUUAACUCGUUCCCCCUCUCCCCGCUGCCACCAUCGUUUUGCUACCCCGGUUUGGAGCCUAAGAGAACAGAAAACAGGGGGACGGAGCCAGCAAAAAGUAAAAGUUCUGUCUUGAGUUUGUGAACUUUUUUUUUAAAAAAUAAAACAAAAGGAGGAAAAAAAAACAAAACAAAACAAAACAAAAAAAAACAAAAGGACUUUUUUUUCUAAAAAUAUAUUAAAAAAAAACUAAAAAAAAACCUAAAAAAAAGAAAUAAUACUUAAAAAAAAUUCUAUGAGCUUCACUGGACUGAAUCACCACCUUCCCUUACAUAAACUUCAGUUAAGAUUGUAGCCAUAUUAAAAAAGAAAAAAGCGAGAGAAGUGCAACAGCAGCAGCAAGAGCAAGCAAACGAAAGGCAAAAAGGACUGAUGACGUUUUUUCAGUAUUGUGAAUAAACUUGAACACAAAACACAAGCAGUUCCAUGUCAUAUCUUCAGUUGUAGAACUUUUUCCUGACAAAGGUAAAGCGACCAACUUGAACUUUCUAUUGCAACAUGAUUCACGGUUAUUAUAUAAGGGAAUCAGUGUUCAUGUAUGUAUAUAUUUAUUUAUGUGUAAUUUAAUGGGAAUUGUAAAUAUGGUGAGUCUGUUUUAAGCCUUUUUUUAUUUAUCUGGUGAUCUCGUUUACCUCUUGUUUAGUGGGUUUUAAAUCUUCCCCUCUUAGUUCAUCAUGUGGUUCAUGGUACUUAUUUAGAUAUCAGAGGUUUUUUGGGGGUUUUUCUCUGGGAUUCAUCAUUUUUAGCCCUGUUGUAGCAUGUUAAAGGCGACAAUGAAGCAGCUGAACAAAUAAUAAUAAAAAAAAAACCAUGAAUUUUUAUA